AUGGCAAAAUCGACGAGAAUUCCAAGGAGAGUGAAAAUUCAGGAAGACCGUGUCUGCUUUUUAUUCACUGCUGACGGGUUAGGGUUUUUCUUCUUUUUUACACUAAUACUGACGGGACCAAACCGACAUAUUCUGUCUGCCUCUGCGAACAAGACGGUGGAAACCUUUGAAGGAUGUCCAAAAACAUGUUCAUGUGGUAAAGAUUAUCCAAUAUUUUUCGUGGAUUGUUCCUUGCAAGCGAUUCAAUCGCUAUCAGAAAUCACCUACCCCAGUGGAAUAUAUCGCCUUCACCUAAGCAACAACCUCAUUCGCGAAGUACCUAGCGGUGCGUUCCACAGCUCACGAUUUCUUGUCUACCUUACUCUGUCCCAUAACCUUAUUGAAACUCUCGGAGAGGGUUGUUUCGAUGGUACAUAUAACUUACGAGAAUUAUCUCUGUCGGUAAACAGACUAAUCGACGUGAGAGAAUUGCACAAGAUAUCAUGGGUGGACACACUUUUACUUUCUUUCAAUUCCAUCGAAAAUUUCGUCCCCAAAGAACCAGAUCCAUUUAUGCUCCCCAAGUCUCGGCUUAAACUGGACCAUAAUAACCUACAUGCACUAAGACAUAUCCCAUACAGCAUUUCCGACCUAUCAGUAUCUGGCAACCGAUUAACUGUAUUUGAUGCACACGAGAUGGAAAAUGCAGCAAUCCUAGAAAUACUUAGUAUUUCAGAUAAUUUUCUGACAUAUAUCCCGGAUCUCCGAAAUAUGUCUCGCCUGCAAUCGCUUGAUCUUAGUGGAAACAGAAUUCACUCUCUACGUGCAAAACUACCGAGUACGCUGGCCACUCUUAAUCUGAAUCGUAUGAAGCGAUUGUCAGUCCUUAGCAUACCAUUCUUCAGUAAAUCGCUAUCUAUUCGAAUAAGCAGUAAAAGCUCAAUACUGGGUUUAGAUCAGUUGGAGGGUGUCCGUUACCUACACGUUGAAGAAUCAAGCGUUUCAAACAAAUUAAGUUUUCUUCAUAUGCCUAGAUUAGUAAGUUUGAUCCUAAAUUCAUGUGGGCUCAUGGGAGAGUUUGUUAUCUCAACGACCCGAAUGCCAGUACUGCAACAUCUAACAUUAUCUAAUAACCAUUUGACAAACAUAGCUGUUUCCAGUAUAGUUCAUCGCGGAAAUGAUGUCAAUGAGACACAUCAGCCUCUCACAAAAAAUAUAAUACUAGAUGGGAAUCAUCUCAGUAAUGUAUCGUUCAUAAAUUACCUCCCCGAACUGCAUCUUUGCAAUUUAGAGAGUAAUGAUUUGAGACAUAUCUCCGUAAAUGAUUUUACUAAUAUUCUUAAUCUGAGACAAAUUUCACUCCAGUAUAAUGCGAUAGUCAGCCUCCAGGGAUUCAGAUCUCUACCUGUUCUAAAGAGCGUGUUUCUUAAAAAUAACCGAAUAAAAACAAUACACCCUGAAACAUUUUCAGACUGUCCGCAACUCAGAUAUCUUGAUCUCUAUGGAAACGAGCUUGAAUCAUUUCUGAUUCCAUUUGAUUUGACCGCAUCGAUUGAAUUCUUGUAUCUUGGCAACAACAGUAUCGCACAAUUGGAUGUAGAUUCAUUUUCUAGGGCGCAUAAACUUCAGGAACUUUUCUUGGGAGAUAACAGACUGCAAAAUGUCAAACUACUACCUAUUCCCACGCUGAGAUUUCUAAACCUGUCAGGUAAUCUCUUCAAUAGCAUCGAAAAGGUUAAUCUAGAAAGCUUUUCAAACCUGAGUGAAUUAGACUUGAGUGAAAACCCAAUAGAAUCUGCAAUUAAAAUUGAAACAAAUCUACCGCCAAUUCUGAAACUACGUUAUUGCAAGUUAAGAACACUUUCGUUCCUGGGAAAUUCAUCAUUUGAGGAAAAUCCCAACGCUUUUAAUUCUAUCGACAUCACAGGUAAUUAUAUUUCUGACCUCUCGCCAUUUGAAGGUACAUCAAAAAUGUAUGGUUUGAUCACGUUAAUAGCAGCCGAUAACCAAAUCCGCAAAGCCCCCUCAAUGUUCUUUAAUUUGACUUAUUAUGAUUUGGCUGGAAAUCAUGUAGGUCCAAAUUUGAAUGAGUCGAUCAAUUGGUGUGAGAAAUUGAACUUUCUGAGUUUGAAGGAUAACAUGAUAUUGUACAUAUCUGCUGAUUAUUUUAUAUCAUGUAAGAGUUUACGGACAUUGGAUCUAAGCUUGAACCCACUGAACGAAAUUGGACAUUCUAUUAUAAGAAAUGGAGAAGUCGGAAUCUCCUUCGAUUUUUCUGAUUCUCAAUUGACCCAAAAAGGGUUCAACAGAAUAAUCAAGGAUAAAAAGAUCAAUACACUGACCAUCAACAAUUUACCAAUAUUUGCCCAGGGCGCUAACGUUACAAUCCUGAUUCCCGAAUUACGGACCCUCGACUUCGGAUACAAUCGUUUGAUAACUUUACCAACGAUUGCCUGCUGGAGGUUAAUUAAUCUGAUCAUUUGUCACAAUGAACUACGAGAAAUAUCUGGAAGUGCAUUCUCGUCUCUGGGCUUGCUAAAGAAGUUAGACGUAAGCUACAACAGAUUACGUCAGAUCACUUCAGACAUGUUUUCCUACACACAUCAUUUGAAUCAAAUAUUUUUAGCGAACAACCAAAUAUCCAAAAUUUCCGAAGGAGCGUUUGAUGCUCUGAAUCAUUUAGAGUCACUCAUUCUGUCUAACAAUGGUAUCAUCAUGCUUAGUUUUAACAACCUUCCGCAAUCAUCCAUGAUAACACAUUUUGACUUCAGUAAUAACGCAUUUUGCUGUAGCUGCCAGUCAUCGGCAGAAUUUCGGCUGUGGCUGCUCGCGUCGGAUGUCGACCCUGUCAUCUGUCAAAGUCCUACCAGGUUCCGAGGAAUAGAUCUCACUACGAUUCUCGAGAAAGAACUGUGUCCUCUCGUUGAAUCGGAUAAAGGAACACCAGUGGAGGAAGAUGAUGAUGGAGAAGAAGAAGCAAGCGGCUUUGACUUAUUCGAUGACCUCUUCAUACCAGAUAUAUUCUAUCCGUCUGAAAUGGACAUUUGUUGGUAUGGGGCUGUAUCUCAGUCCCCCUUGGAGGUCACUCGGGCAGUUGGGAAGCGUAGUACCCCCACGGCUCCACCAACUAGUACACCUCGUAGCCUUUAA